AUGUGCAGUGGGAUGGCACUAAAGAUCAUUCUGCUGGCACAGACAGUCCUCUGGGCUGCAGCACAGACCCCACCAUGCAGAAUACUGGGGAGAGCAGCCAAGCCCAGCUUCUAUCAACAUGGAGACAUUAACAUCGGCGGAGUCUUCUCCCUGCACCAAACUCCUUUUGACAAAACCAUCAAAUAUGACGUCAAACCAGAACCGCUGAGAUGCUCUCGAGUAAUUUUCAGAGAAUUCCGGGUGGCCCAAACUAUGAUCUUCGCCAUUGAAGAAAUAAACAACAGAACUGACCUCCUCCCAGGAGUAUCUCUUGGAUAUAAAAUAUAUGACACCUGUGUCUCUGCAGCAUUUUCUAUACAAGCAGCCAUGGCUCUGAUGAAUGGUUAUGAGGAAACACUGACCGACACAUCUUGCUCCACACCAGCCGUAGUGCAGGCCAUCAUUGGAGACUCAGGCUCUACUACCACUAUUGCAAUUGCUGCAACAGUUGGAUUAUUUCAAAUUCCAGUGAUCAGCCACUUUGCUACAUGUGCAUGUCUGAGCAACAGAAAAGAAUAUCCCACAUUCUUCAGAACCAUUCCCAGUGACUAUUACCAGAGCAGAGCACUGGCUCAGCUGGUGAAGCACUUUGGCUGGACCUGGAUAGGAGCAGUGAGAAGUGACAGUGACUAUGGCAACAACGGGAUGGCCACGUUUAUAAAAGCUGCUCAACAAGAAGGGAUCUGCAUUGAGUAUUCAGAGAAAUUUUACAGGACAGAAUCAGAGAAAUUACUGAAGGUGGUAGAUGUCAUCAAAAGAGGUACUGCAAAGGUAGUUGUAGCAUUUCUUGGUCAGGGUGAAAUGAUCAAGUUACUGGAGCAGCUCACACUUCAGAAUAUUACAGGUCUCCAAAUGGUUGGCAGUGAAGGCUGGAUAACAGCAAGCAAUCUAGUAACACCUACAAGUUUCAGCAUACUGGGAGGGUCUAUUGGCUUUGCUGUCCCCAAAGGCAAAAUAAAUGGCUUUAAAGAGUUUUUGUUGAAACUUCACCCAUCCCAGUACCCAAAUAAUACUGUUGUCAUAGACUUUUGGGAAAAUGUGUUUCAAUGUUCCAUCACAAAUGAAAACAAUCUACCUCACAUGAAUCCGUGCUCGGGAUUUGAGAGCUUAACUGAAGUGAAAAAUGAAUACACUGAUGUAUCAGAGCUGAGAAUCUCCAACAAUGUUUACAAAGCAGUAUACGCUGUUGCUCAUUCUCUACAUGGCCUGUUGGCAUGUACACCCCAUCAAGGCUGUACAAACAGUGUGAAUACAGAGCCCUGGCAGGUACUUGAGGCUCUGAAAGAAGUUAACUUAACUUUGGGAACUAGAGAGAAGGUCUUUUUUGACAGGAAUGGUGACCCAGUGGCCAGAUAUGAAGUGGUGAACUGGCAGCUUGGUCCUGAUGGUGCAGUAAAGUUCAGAGUGGUCGGCUACUAUGAUGCUUCUUUACCAGCUGGGCAGCAGUUUGUGAUGAGCCCUGUUACUAUGGUUUGGGCUGGUGGACAAAAACAGAAACCCAGGUCAGCGUGCAGUGAGAGCUGUCCCCCAGGCACCCGGAAAGCUGUGCAGAGAGGAAGGCCUGUCUGCUGCUAUGACUGUGUGCCCUGUGCUGAGGGAGAAAUCAGCAAUACCACAGAUUCGAAUAACUGUAUUCAGUGUAUGGAAGAAUAUUGGUCUAAUGCUAAAAGAGAUCAAUGUGUUUCUAAGGUUGUCGAAUUUCUGUCAUUUCACGAAAUUAUGGGAAUCCUGCUUGUUAUUUUUUCUAUAUUUGGAGCAUGUAUUACUGCAUUUGUGGCUGUGCUGUUCUUUAUAAAGAAGGAUACGCCCAUUGUGAAAGCCAACAACUCAGAACUCAGCUUCCUGCUGCUCUUUUCAUUAGAACUGUGUUUCUUUUGCUCUCUUACCUUCAUCGGCCGGCCCUCUGAGUGGUCUUGUAUGCUGCGCCACACUGCGUUUGGGAUCACCUUUGUCCUCUGCAUCUCUUGUGUUCUGGGGAAAACAAUAGUGGUGUUAAUGGCUUUCAGGGCUACACUUCCAGGCAGUAAUGUGAUGAAGUGGUUUGGGCCGCCCCAGCAGAGACUGAGUGUUCUUGCUUUCACUCUCAUACAGGUCCUUAUUUGUGUGCUUUGGUUAACAAUAUCCCCUCCUUUCCCCAAAAAGAACAUGAAGCACUACAAAGAAAAGAUCAUUCUAGAAUGUGAUGUAGGAUCAGCAGUAGGGUUCUGGGCUGUACUGGGUUAUAUUGGUCUCCUCUCUAUAUUGUGCUUUGCUUUAGCUUUUCUGGCUCGUAAGUUGCCUGACAACUUCAAUGAAGCCAAAUUCAUCACAUUCAGCAUGCUCAUAUUCUGUGCAGUCUGGAUCACCUUUAUACCAGCUUAUUUCAGCUCACCUGGAAAGUUCACUGUAGCUGUAGAAAUAUUUGCCAUUUUAGCAUCUAGUUUUGGUUUACUGUUCUGUAUUUUUCUUCCAAAAUGUUAUAUAAUAUUAUUCAGACCUGAGCAAAAUACAAGAAAACAUAUAAUGGGUAAAACAGAUGUGAAAUCUCAAUGAUUCACUGCACCAUUUUAUACCCAACAUAUAUGUAUAUUUUACGCAAUAUAACUGGACCCAGAACUUGUUUUGGCUUAAAAUACUUUUCUACGCUUCACUGGUCUUGUCUGGUGCACUGGAACCAAUAAAAUACUCUCAAAAAGUGCAAACCCCGGCUUCUGGUCAUAUUGGCAGGCUCAAUUACACCAGGCAAGAUCAAUAGAGCACAGAAAAGUAUUCAAAUCCAAAACAAAUACAUAUUUGACCCAGAUCUGACUGGACCAGAGAUCCAUAAUAUGUGAAAUAAGAAUUUUAUGUCUUACAUAUUAACUUACAAGGUAUCCAAGAUAUAUAAAUGGAAGAAAUGAUGUUCAUAAGCCUGCGCUCACUUGAUGAAAAUUCUUGCACUCUGUGGCACGCUUAGUUGGCUGACCCUAUUUUGAACUACCAUUAGGGCCUACAACUGGUUUAUUCAAUUGUGGCCAAAAAAUACACAUUUUAUUGCAUUCAUUAUAUGUAGUGAUAUGACAUGUUCUUGUACUCAGUACUGAUAUAAUUCAAAUAUGUUAUUAACUGUAACUGCAUUUAUUUCAUAGUUGGGUGCAUAAAACUCGUAAAUCAGGCCAUGCAUGUAUAUAAAUCCAACAUGAAUGUGACAUGUGAGCAGGUCCCUGAAUCUCCAGGGCUGGGUGUUAUUUAGCAAUACACAAGAUUAUGGAAGAACAUACAAAGAACAAACUGUCAAUAAAUUGUUAUGUGACAAUAAAAAAUAUUUGAAAGGAAAAACCCAUUACAGACUUUAUAAUUCU